CCGCCUCUCUUCCUUUCUUCCACACAAACGGGAAUUACAUAUACAACACAACACAACACCCACACGCAUCAUCAUUACAUUUAUACAUAUCUCUUUAAUUCUCAAAUCCAACGAAUUAGGUGAAAAUCACAAAAAUGUUGAAGCACAUAGGAAAUCGAAUUUUAGGGCUAGGUCAACAAUCAAGGGUGAGCUUACCUCGGCUAUAUCAUGAAAGAGUAGUGGACCAUUACAAUAACCCACGAAAUGUUGGUUCUUUUGAUAAGAACGACCCGACAAUUGGUACGGGUCUUGUCGGGGCUCCGGCUUGUGGGGAUGUGAUGAAACUUCAAAUCAAGGUUGAUGAUAACACUGGCAAAAUUACAGAUGCUUGUUUUAAGACCUUUGGUUGUGGUUCUGCUAUUGCUUCUUCAUCUGUUGCAACUGAAUGGGUGAAAGGAAGACAAAUGGAGGAAGUACUGAGCAUAAAGAAUACGGAGAUAGCAAAACAUCUCUCCCUUCCACCUGUUAAACUGCACUGUAGCAUGCUCGCUGAGGAUGCAAUUAAGGCUGCUGUGAAGGAUUAUGAGGCGAAGAAGGCAAAAUUCAGUGGUGGUGUAGGAAGUGCAUCAACAGAGAAAGCUGCUGACGCUUGAUAUGCUAGUUGAAGAAAUAAAAGGCUUCCAGGCAAUGAAGCUGAGCUUAAGAAUGACUAUCAGGGAUGUACGUGUACGUAGCGUGUCUUGGAUUUUCAUAGAUGUAAAUUAGCUCUAUGGCUUUUCGGUUUGUAAUAAAAUAAUGUUUACUUGGAUGAAGAGGUGAACUUGCUCUGUGCAGGGUUCUGUUACCCAUGUUGUUGAAACGUUUACUGAGAUGCUGAAUCUUGCUCCUAUUUUUGUAAAUAAUUACGGUGGGUUCAUUA